AUGGAGAAAACGAAAGACACGGUUAAAUGCAUGUUUGGAGACGAGCAAAGCACUUUGCUCGACCGAUACGAACGGUUGUCCUUUGAGGUUCAGCUAAAGAAGGCAAUGCUCGGCCGGAGCUUGUCUGAACCGGUCGCGGCUCGUUUCCCUCCGCCUCCCAAACGGGAGACGAAAACCGGGCUUCGUGGACUUAGGCCGGGCUUUUCGAAGGCUGUGAAGAAGCUCCUAAGCCCGAUGUUUGGAGGCGGUAAAAGAGCAAGCAAAAGUGUGGGACACAAUAAUCCAAAGGAUCCCAUGUUUUGGAAGAGAUUCAGCAGAUCUUUGAGGGUUUGA